UGACCUUGUGUAGACGCUCAACAGAUCCAUGGCUCUACAGCACUCCUUCGACGAAGUGGCACUGCCCACUUACACAGACGCUGAACUCGAGCACUAUAUCAGCGAGUGCGCCUCCAUCAGGACGACGCGCGAAGAAGCGGUCCGCAGGCUUUCGCCUCAUCUGGUCGCUAAACCGGUCCAUUGGCCUGAGGAUCCUCAAGACGAAGUUCUUGCGCUCGAACGCGCCCGCGCCAUCGGCAUCAACGUUCCUGCUGUGCGUCGCGUCGUACCCUGCAGCGAUGAUGGCCAUUUUAUCAUCAUGGAUUAUAUCGACGGCCCGACGAUAGAGCAGCUGCUUGCCAUGGCCACUGUUACCGCGCCUAUCACAGGCGGCCUUCACUCUGGUCGGACACACUCAGAGUGGCUCGACGCCUUGUACGGCCCUGUGAAGCGCGCGUCACCGGCCAUGUUCACAAACCACCUCAAUUGGUGGCUCACGGACUGCCGCCCCUCUGUUUGCGAACCGCGACCGGACUUGACGUUGCAACCCGCCCCUCAACAUAUACUCGUACACCAAGAUUUCGUACCUCGGAAUAUGAUAGUCGACCGGCAGGGCACUCUUUGGAUCAUCGACUGGGCCCAUGCUGGCUUCUACCCAGCUUUCAUGGAAUAUGUCUCGAUGGAUGCGACCAGUGGACUUGCAAUGGGCUGGCUCAGUGCGCGAACGUUGGCCGCAUGGUGGGGUAGGACUAGAUGGGCCUUGCUCCGUUUCAUCGCCUGUGGAUUUAGCUGGCGUUAUAGCAAGCAGCUUGCGGCGUUGAGAGUCGUGCGACAGCGGUCAUUGCGCUUUCGACUAGCCAAAGGGCCGUACUCAGGAUCCGAAUGACAAUGAUGCAGUAUGUGGACUCCUCGACUGCUAAAGCGCCUAAGAAACCACCAACAUUGCUUACCCAUCUGCGACAGCAUCAUAUGUCAGAAGCCGGGCUGUUCCCCUCUCCAACACGGGCAUCGAAGGAGCAGGGCGGGCGAUGCAGGAAUGGGGAGAACGGACAUCACCACUAGAGAUCAUGAGAUGAGUACAGGAUAGAUGUUAGAUGCAACCUAAGAGAUACCAAUGAUUUGUUUCAUCUCGCG